AGGUCGAUCUAACCUAGAAAGAGGAUCGAACAAUCAACAGUGAAGUGCAUUCUAGUUUCGAACGCGAAAGUGAAUUUGAGUGUUCUAACAAUAGAAAUAGUUCUACUAAUUCCUGGAAAUAUAAUCCGGAUGAAAAGUGUCGCAUUUUAAAUCGAAUUCUGCAACCUAUUCAGUGAUUAGGAGUAUGAAGCAUCAAUACCAAGGUAUUUAACCCAGAAACUCUUCAAGUUGACAAGCCAACACAUAAUCAAAAAUCAUGAAGAACACAGGCUAUUUAAUUUUCAUAUUUGUAAUUUACAUUGAUUUAUUUUCCGGAGUCAAGAGUAAAUCUGUUUCAAUUAACAUCUUUCAAGAAAUAGGAAAAGGAAGCAGUCCUGCUGCCUGCAAAACUGUUCAAUUUCUCCUCAACUCCACUUUCACACAAUCGUGUGCACUUGAAACAUUUCCAGUAAUGAAAACCCCUCUAGAAGAUAGCAAAAACCAGACAAUUUUGUGUUUAGCACUCUACGAUUAUAGCUUAAAAUGGUGCUCGAGAAGUUCUCAGAAUAUUCCACUUCCUGAGAUUGCAAACGCAACGGUAUUUGAUACCGAAGUUGCGAAAUUUGCAUCUGUUGACAGCAUUGGAAAUUUCUGUGAAUCAGACAAGAGUUCCUAUAAUGAGACGAUUGCAUCUGAACUAAAGAAUUUUUACAAACAUUCCUCAAAAUGUACAUUGUACUGUACGGAUUUUUCAAAAGGAAUUAACCAGCCCAAGAAAAUAUGCUCUGCGUUGUUCUGGCUCGAUCAUACUCUCAAAACAUACAAUCCGGGAACCCCAAUUUCCCCAACACCGGAAAAAAAAUCUAAAGUAGGUGACAAAACUGCAGAAAAUAGUGUAUCUGUGGUGAAAAAUACAGAAGAGGAAAUUACGAAAUCAAAAACUCCGGAAGGAAGGACACCAGUAGUAGAAAAACAAGAAGAAAAUGCCCAUGAAGCGAAAAAGCCGGAAUCAGGAAAAUUACCAUCUACUAUAUCAAAUAAUAAAACUACUAGCACUGAAAAUUUGCAACUUGGUCAACCAAAUACUGGAGCAAAUUCUGAAAAAGUGAAGAUUUCUAUUUCAAAUAAUGAUAAUCAAGUAAAAAAAGUUGUGGGAAAAGUAGAUUCUAGUUCCGGUUCCGGCAAUGUUGAUACACAAAAAGUUGCACCUGCUACAACAAAGAAAGAAUUGCCCAGUGUAGAAAAUACAGAUGUUAAGUUACCACCAGAAGAUGUUUCUACAACUGGUAAGAAGCUGGAUUCAACCGAUAAAUCCAGUACCAUAUCAGAAAACACUGUCGACGGACCAAACGAAAAAACUGGUGGGAUUCAAGACAUACCACCUCCUUUUCCUGAUAUCGAGGAGGAUUCAGCUGAUGAUGAUGGUCAAAAAGAAGAGUCUCCUGCUCAAAAGAAAGUGCAAAACUAUCCCAGCAGAACGAUAGAGGAAGAAUCACAUUUUUUCUCCUACCUUGUCGUCAUUUCUUUGCUUUUCGUUUGUUUCUACUUUGCUUACCACAACAAGAAAAAGGUUUUGGCAAUGUUUUUGGAAGGUAGACGAUCUCGUAAUGGGCGUGGUAGGCGAAGACCGAGCACAGCAAAUUACAGAAAAUUAGACUGUAAUCUUGAAGAAGCCGUUACAUCACAAUGUAACUCCAACGUGACUCACGUGAUUUAUUGAAAAGUGAUUUAAAAGUGAUUUUAUCACUUCAGGACUUUGCUUUAUGGAGUUAAAGGUAUUAAUUGAUUUUUAAGCGAGUCUAUUUUUUCAGAAGACUUAUGUUUGUAAAUAGUUUGUAAUACUUGGACUAAAGGGGCGCGUUUUCUUGAUCCGUGACUGUUCAGGGGAAACUAUUGUUCUUGAUUCUAUCUUUAUUAUGCAGUAUUCCAUAAUAAUUUUCAUCCUAUAAAAUCUAAAACAAUCAAGUUUCUCUUCGUAUGAACAGAGUGGCUUUUGAUAUUCACUAACUAAAAAAAAUUAAUGUUUAGUUAUGUGUAUGUCGAGAAAAGUAGCCGUGUUUGAUAUUACUGAUGUUGUAAAAAUAUUUAGGAUUAUUAAUACUUUUUUUAACAAAUUUUUAUGGUUCUGAUAUUUUUAUUCCUAGAAUUAAAUGGAAAAUGUAGCAUUUUCUCGGUUGAAAGUUUAAAAGCGCGUUAUUUUGUCUUAAGAAAAUUGGUCUAUUUGACGCAUUUCUAAUAAAAUUAUUUUGUUUAAAGUAUUUUCGGUUAAAUGUAAUUAUUUUAUCAUUUUCAUUUAACUCAAGUCAUAGAUUACAUUGUUUUUGUUGAGGAAAAUGCACAAUUUAUUAUGCAAAAACAAUUAAUGAAUUUCUUUAGUUUCUCUAUUUUCAGCAAAACAAAAUUCGUUCAAAAUUAUUUCGAAUUUUUAUGCAUAUCGCCUAGAAGUUUGUGCAAAUCCACACAAAAAUAAUUCU